CUUGUGUUUCACUGAAAGUCUCUCAGCUCAGACUCGUUCACUUCAUGCUCUGAUGUUGUUGAACAAAAUCACAGAUUUUUACGUCUAAACAGUUUUCUCCUCUCAAACUCUCACAGACUGAUUCACUAACAUGUUUUUACUGAAGUUUAGCAUGUGAGGCUAAAGAGGAAAACUCAGAACAAGAGGAUUCACUGUCCGCUCCCAACGACACUUCUCACGGACUUCCGGAGUCCUGUAGGUGGCGUUAAAGAGCCUCAGAUACUUCUGAAUUAUUUCAUUUAUUCAUGUAUUUAUGCUCAUUGAUCUGAAUUGAUGUGUUACAGUAGACCUAAAUUGAUCUACUGUGCAGAGAUGUUAUACUUUGUUAUGUGGAGAAAAGGCUGUAAUAAAAGAGUUGUUUUAGUUUUUUGCAAUCAUAAUAAAGACCCCUUCUCUGAUAAUUUGUUUCAGUAAAUCAGAUGGACAUUUGAUCUGCAGCACUGUUAAAUAAUAUAAAACUUUGAAUUUUUCAUUAAUUGAUAAAUAUAUGAUAUGUUGGUCUGAAGACUGACCUAAAUAGAAAGUGAUAAAUUAAUAACAGAAAAUUAUUUUUUGAUGAUCCCUGAGAUGAUAUUUAAGCUUUUUUCCUGUCCACUUUAUCAGUUUUAAGACUGAUUUUUUUUUUUUUUAACCAUUAUUUAUUUUACGUGUUUCUGUGGUCUCCCUUACGGUAUAGUUUAUAGUUUAUUUGAUCAAAAAAACCACUAUAUAAUAGGUUAUAGUUUUUUUCUAACCUCCUGACAAAACACGCAAAACAAAUGCACAGAACUACUUUGGGGUUUUAACCGGUAAUCUGAACUCAGAAUUUGAAAACAACUUUUAUUUACGGAAAAACUCAGCAGGGUAAUAUCUGAAACUUUCAUCUUUGGAGUCAGGAGAAGAACACACAUGCGCAGUUGGGUUUCUCUACUCCCGCUCCUCACAGAUAUUUAUAUAAACGCUAGAUGCUGUAAGCCGAUAGAGACCGACGUCCGUGCAUUGCGGCCAUUUUGAUACAGGCAGCAGUCACCCACUCCUGACAAUCCAGUCUACGGUGCACGUAGCAUUUAAAUAACCAUAGAUUGAUUAAUUUCAAACCGAUUUUUAGUUUGGCUUGGAACAAACCUCGGAGUUUUAGUUAUGUACCCGAAUACUCAAGAAUAAUUUUAACCAUGGAUUUUUAUAAAUAAUAUACUGAAGUAAGAUGGCCGCCGAUGACUUCGGUUCGAGUCAUUUAGCCUUUCUAUAUCUAUGGUAUCUAUGGUAGUGUGUUUGCUCAGCAGCUUUGACAGACAGCGCCUCUACGUGACCAACAACCGGAACUGCCAGACUAAAUAAUACUUUAUUGACACUGCGAUAUCGUGGGACAAACUUCGUGAAGCCCAUAUAAUGCGUAAUGAGAAGUAUUUCGUCUACACGGACACGCUCGUUUUAACGUUAGCCCGCCGUUAGCUGAUGUUAGCAUGAUGUCGUUAAGCUAGCAGAAACAGCCGUUGGUUAGCUAGCUGACAGCAGCAGCAGGAGUAUGGACGAACUUCUCCGCGUUUGAGGAAAAAACGCUUCAUCAUUUCUCUGUUUAGAGUCUAUGCUAACCACCCGAGCUGCAGUGGUGGGCUUCACUCUCAUAUCUGUGGCCAAAACGAUGACCUCUGUGGCGGCGACGACAUCCUCCGAGCCCCGGGGGUUGCAUGCAUCAGCCAGCGAGGAUGCACGCACCGGGAGCCCGCAGAGGAGGCUCCAGAGGCUGGUCGGGGUACCCGGACACCACCCGAGCAGAGUCAACGACCUGCUGCUGCUUUGGCCUGAGGCAGACGGUCACAGUGGGAAAGAGAAGAGCUGCAACAAGCAUGUGGUGUUUUUUCACGGUGAUAUCCAGGUGAGUGAGACAGAUCCCAGAUCAGCACACCUGUCCUCCUCAUCAUCCCAGACUAUAACCGGACUAUAAAGAAUGAUAAAGCUUUCUGAACUGGUUUCUUAUAUUUCAAGUUAUUCACUCAGUUAACCCAAAAUCACACAGUUUAUUUUAAUGGUCUGUUAAUUCACAAGCGUCUUCUAACAGUUAUCUUUAACCACUGUCACUGGGUGGGAUUUGUAAAAAUGAAACUUAAUUGUAGUCAUACACUGUGAAAAUAUGUUAUAAGGUUGUUUUUUAAUAGUCUGAAUACUUUGAUCUCUUUAAAAACAUGUGAAUUUCUGCUGUGAGAACAUUCAAACAAAGUGUGCUGUUAAUCCCCUGGUCUGACACAGAUUUGUAGUUUGGGUUUGUUGUAGGGCUGAGCGAUAUUUUUUGUAUAUAUCAGUCGAUAUCGGUAUUACGAUAUAAAAAAUGAAAUUUAUCAGUGUUUAUUGGUAGUAUGUCUUUUGCAAUACAAUAAUCUCCUGCAUCUGUGAGGUCUUUGUGUCUCUUCGACGAUUUGUCAUAAGGCGUUGCGCUAGAGAAAGCGGACUGAAUGCACUGUUUCAGGUGGUGAAAAAGAUUUGAGGUAUUCCCCGACUUUGCAAGAACAUGAACUUGAUAUAAUUUACAGUACACAUUACUCUGCUUCAUGUCUGACCUCAAAAAAACAAAAUACCUCCACACCACAGACAUUUUCGUGCCAGUUUUGUUGACGAUGUCGUCAUCUGUUUAGCCUUCAUCGUCAUUUCUGUCAGGGGGUAGCACUCAUUUUCUUUUUUUCCUCACCAACAGUGCUGUCGGCUUCACAUGUUAAAGGGAUAUUCCGGUGUUUGUUGGUAUCCAUAAUUGAGUUUAUUAUAAGUGGGAAUUGAUUUUUAAGUUUCAUUUAUCACAAAAAUUGGAGUGUGUGCCUUGGCUUGAAACUCUAAUCAAUAAACAAAAUAUCAGAUACCCAUCCAUGUGGUAUCCAUAAUUGAGUUUAUUAUAAGUGGGAUGUUUAAAUUCACCAGUGCAGGUUUUUUUCAAACUUAAACUAUGAGUACAAGCCUGACCUGCUGGAAUAUGUUAAAAAAAAUGAUGCACUGUUCCUUUAAGAGCCUGUCCUGUUUCCUUUGCUCUGGGCUUUAAAGUUACUGUAGGGUCUGAACAAUUCAUGUCACUGUAAAUACGUGCAGUAACCCACAUGAAUGCUAAAUGACAUGUGACACAUCAAGGGUAAUGGUCACAUUUUUUGCAGAUGUUAAAGUUUUAUUGGUCAUAAACAGCAUGUGACACCUUGUAGUUGCCAGUGAAGGUUAUCAGCUCUCUUAAGACUUCUCUGCUCCAUAAACUCAAACUGCUGACACAUCUCUAUGUCUUUAUGUACGUGGCCAUAGGCAAUAACCUGCUUGCAUUAGACUGAAAUUCUUCUCUUUCAGUUUUACUGUCAUUUUAAAAUCACAUGAGAGUCUGAGAAGUUUUUAGAAGAGGCCUGCAGAUCAUAUUUGAUCCUGCACACUCCGUCCCUCUCAGCCACAUUGAUAUCAUGUUUAGUUUAUUUAUACUGUAUGUGCCUCCAUCAACUAACAAGAGUGUUGGACUCAGGAGAAGCAAAAGACAAAAUCUAACUGAUCGAAUGCUUAAAAAGCUAACUUUCAUCUCGAUAAUAGAAAAUUACCUGUCCUGUUGAUGAAGUUAGGUGCUGUUCUGACUAUUAUGUGUGGCUAUAGAGUGGUGUUUUGGUUGAGCGCGUGACUCUGUGUAUUGCUAUCUGCGGUCGUUACUGGAGAAGCAAGCGGUCAGCAACAUUCAUCCUCGACGAGGUGUCUAACUCGGUGUUAUGCUGUGUUUGACCCUAAAUUAAUUUUACGCCGGAAUAUCCCUUUAAGAACUGCCCAAAAAAUUCUCCAAAGAAAAUUGAUUGAAGCGUUUUCUAUUUUAAAUCAUCGAAUUUUAAAAAAGUAAAAACAAGCGCAAACAAGGUCAACUCAUCCCAAGAGCCUCGGAGGUUCAUCUCAGAUGUCGAAGACGUGCUGCUGAAUCUUUUUAACCCACAUAUUGACAUUAACAUACAAACCAGGCACACCCCCUGCCGCCCCCAACCUCUGCCUUGACUCCAUGGCAACUUGCCUUAAACCAUCACCCAUGAUGUGGACUUACACGACAAGGGCUUUCCUGUCUUUGACAACGGACGUUUGAGGUGUUUUAAAAGAAGGAAAAACCCACAAUUCUCACUGAAAUCACUUGAAACCUACAAAAGUAACAAUAAAUAAAAAUUUAUUGAAAAUUAAAAAUCAAAAUCAGCCAUUACUUUUGAAUUGUUGAUUAACAUAAUUAUUUAAAAAAAACAAACUAAUGAAAUAGGGCUGGACAAAAAUGAUGGUACCUCUAUAAAAGAUUGAAAACUAUUUGACCAGAGUGACAUGAUUAACUCAGGUGUGUCCUUUAAUUGACAUCACAGGUGUUUCCAAACUCAUAAUCAGUCAGUCUGCCUAUUUAAAGGGAGACAAGUAGUCACUCUGCUGUUUGGUGAAAAGGUGUGUACCACACUGAACAUGGACAACAGAAAGCGAAGGAGAGAAUUGUCCCAGGACAUCCGAAAAAAAAUUAUAGACAAACAUCUUAAAGGUGCAGGCUAUAAGACCAUCUCUAAACAGCUUGAAGUUCCUGUGACAACAGUGGCUCAUAUUAUUCAGAAGUUCAAGACCCACGGGACAGUAGCCAACCUCCCUGGACGUGGCCGCAAGAGGAAAAUUGAUGACAGAUUGAAGAGACAGAUCGUUCGAAUUGUAUCCAAAGAGCCCAGGACAACCUCCAAAGAAAUUAAAGGUGAUCUCCAAGGCCAAGGUACAUCAGUGUCAGAUCGCACCAUUCGUCGUUGUUUGAGCCAAAGUGGACUUCAUGGGAGACGACCAAGGAGGACACCACUGCUGAAAAAAAAUCAUAAAAAAGCAAGACUGGAAUUUGCAAAAAUGCAUGUUGACAAGCCACAAAGCUUCUGGGAGAAUGUCCUUUGGACAGAUGAGACCAAACUGGAGCUUUUUGGUAAGGCACAUCAACUCUAUGUUCAUAGACUCAAAAACCAAGCAUACGAAGAAAAGAACACUGUCCCUACGGUGAAACAUGGAGGAGGCUCAGCAAUGUUUUGGGGCUGCUUUGCUGCAUCUGGCACAGGGUGUCUUGAAUGUGUGCAAGGUAAAAUGAAAUCUGACGACUAUCAAGGCAUUCUGGAGAGAAAUGUGCUGCCUAGUGUCAGAAAGCUUGGUCUCAGUCGCAGGUCAUGGGUCUUCCAACAGGACAACGAUCCAAAACACACAGCCAAAAACACCCAAGAAUGGCUGAGAGAAAAGCGUUGGACUAUUCUAAAGUGGCCUUCCAUGAGCCCAGAUCUGAAUCCCAUUGAACAUCUGUGGAAGGAGCUGAAACAUGCCAUUUGGAGAAGACACCCAUCAAACCUGAGACAACUGGAGCAGUUUGCUCAUGAGGAGUGGGCCAAAAUACCUGUUGACAGCUGCAGAACGCUCAUUGACAAAUACAGAAAUCGUUUAAUUGCAAUGAUUGCCUCAAAAGGUUGUGCAACAAAAUAUUAAGUUAUGGGUACCAUCAUUUUUGUCCAGCCCUAUUUCAUUAGUUUUUUUUUUUUUAAAUAAUUAUGUUAAUCAACAAUUCAAAAGUAAUGGCUGAUUUUGAUUAUUUAAUUUUCAAUAAAUUUUUAUUUAUUGUUACUUUUGUAGGUUUCAAGUGAUUUCAGUGAGAAUUGUGGGUUUUUCCUUCUUUAACUGAGGGGUACCAACAAUUUUGUCCACGUGUGUAAGAGACAGGGGCUUUCCUGUCCUAGACAACUGACGUUCAAGGUGUUUUAAAGGAGACAUUUGGAGCAAAACUUACUGUAGUUCUGGUGCACGUCAUUAUAUCCCAUAAUCAGAUAUAAUCAGAUCAGACACCUUUCUGAGUAACUCCUCUGAGUAUUUGUGUUGGUUGUGUCUUCUGUGUGUCUGUGCAGCAGCUGCAGAUUGUGUCGUCAGAUUCCUCAAAGCAGUCCCACGGGUUAUUUUUAAGAAACACUCGAAGAGUUAAAGAAGAUUAACCAUCUCCUGUUUUUUCACUGCCCUCAUUUAUUUCACUGUUUCUAGAGUUCACUCCAUCUCCUCAUUGUCCUUGUCUGCAAAUGCAUUAGGCAACUUUCCAAGCAAGUGUUAAUAUUCCCACAGGCCGCUGGUGUUUGCCAGCAGUCGUUCGUAUGCACAGGAUGCUGUCACACUGAUGUCUCCAUGUAAAUAACAUGAAUGAGGUCAUUGUGUUGAGGACCACACAGCCUGACAGCACACUGAGAAGAUGCUGCUGAUGGAACUAAUUGUCUGUGUCAGAGAUGGACCGAUGAGAGUGAUUUUUUUUGUCCCCUGAAUUUAAAGUGUUUACAUCCUCAGUAACUCUCUGAGAGCGCUCUUCCUCCCUCCCAGCUGGACGCUCAAACUAAAGACUGUGUGGACAAAAUAGGCUGAAUGUAAAGGCCUGACAGCUGAGGCUAAUGCACGAGUGCUGUUAAAUGCAUUCUUUCUUAUGGCCAGCAGGGGGCGGUCUUAACUGUUGGUGAAAAGAAGUCAGACUAUACAUUGAUUUCAUGAGAAGAUUACGAAUCUAGAGUUAUAAAGCACUGAAGACACAGAAGGGGUUGUGAUAAAUUGUUCUGCAUUGACAAAAAUGUUUUUAAUGAGAAUAUUCUAUCAGGGCUGGGACGAUAUUCUUUUCUCCCGUUAAAACAAAGACGUUUAUCAAACUGUUAAAGCUCACAAACCAUCGUCAUAUGAGAAAUCUGACGCUAUGACUCUCCACAAGUCGUCCUUCAGGUCGUUAUCUUUGUAAUAUUUGUGGUUUUUAUCAAAAAUCACUCUGUUCUCCGACACGUAAACAAUCAGUCGGUCGGCCAUGUUGGAUAUUCUGAGGAAUCAGACGUCGCAACAACACAGAAUCUGAUCGGUCAGAAGUGGACACACAGUAUGCGAAACCUUGGAAAAAUCGACCGUGAAAUGAAAAAAUAAAUGCUGGAAUAUCGCAGCACGGGGAAACGUCGCUGAUGUGAACGCUUGUAUUGACAGGAUACGGGUUUGAAAAAAAUAUUGACGUCCGAAAUAAUAGCACAAUAAAAAUGCUCCUGGUGUGAAAGGACCUUAAUUCUUAAAUUAGAAAAAAAAAAAAAUCUAUUUAAAAAUUGUAAAACAAAAAAUCAGCAUACUUAUGUGAAUCGAUUUUCCUCCCACCCCUAUAUUCUACUCAGUAACAUCAAUGCAAAGUAAAAACACUCGUCCCUUUAACCUUCCUAUCUAAAAUCCUGGGAUAUACAACAUUAAAACAAUCAAACAGAUUGUCUGACAGAAAAUAUGAGUCAAAAAUCUCUUUUGUUGUUUCUGCAGAAUUUCCAGGAGGAGAUGGCUCUGCAGCCCGAAGGAUCUCAGUGGCUCAGUUGGAGUCUGGAGCAGGUUGCCGUCAUUCUGGGCCAACGCUUCCCUGACCGCCACGUUUGGGUGGUCAGAGCCUCCCACAUGUACCUCCACAAGUUCAGCUGCUACCACAACUUUGUGGAGAGCAACAUGUUUGGAGCUCCAGAGCACUCCCCGUACUCUGCUGACUUUGGAGCGUUUCUCCAUCUCAGGUUUGAUUAUUUUACUCCUUUUACUCUUUGAUUUGUUUGACCCAAAUGUAAAAAAAUGACCACUAAGUAUCAUCUGAACUUACAGCUGCAGUUAACCACACUGAAGUCAGCAGGAAACUUUAGCACAAAGGUCAGCAGAGCUCAGAUUUAGAGUCUGUAAAGUACCACAGAUCUAAAGAUGAAACUAAAUCAGAGAAGUUAACAUCAGUACGAGAUACAUCGGUAUCAUCUGACUGCAGGUCAACUCUGGAAAGUUUAGAUCUUGAGAAAGUACCCCUGAUUUGUUGUUACCAGACACAUGCCUCACUCUUCUGAGUGUUGCUCUCUGAUUGGGUUGUUUAUAGUUUUGUUUAAUUGUUCGAUAAAACAUCUGUGACCUAAAAUUUGGUUUUAUAGUUUGACGCGUAUCAUGUCUGAUUUGAUGAUCUUCACCUUCAGGUUUCUGUGAAUGUUGUUCAGUUUUCAGAGCGACUUCGGUCUGACCAGUUUCUUCUUUCAGGGCUCUGCUGAGCCACGGCAUGGAGCGAGCUGACCUCCCACACCCCCUGCAGCCACAAGGAGGCGCUGACAGCAUCCCCUCCGGCUUCUCCCUCGUCGUGGUGGGCUUCAGCAAAGGCUGCGUGGUCCUGAACCAGAUGGUGUACGAGCUGCCCGGGGCCCGCGCGGACCCCCAGCUGUCCUACUUCAUCAAACACAUCACCGACAUGUUCUGGCUGGACGGGGGACACCCGGGGGGCAGCGAGACCUGGGUGACAGACAAGCAGGUGCUGAAAGAACUGGCCUCCAGCGGGGUGUCCAUCCACGCCCACGUGACCCCGUACGAGGUGUGUGACCCCAUGAGGGCCUGGGUGGGCCGUGAGCACAGACUCUUCAUUAAGACCCUGGAGGAGUUCGGGGCCUGCCCCAGUAAGAAGCUGCACUUUGAGGACGAGCCCCCCUCCAUCGAGAACCACUUCAGGGUCAUCCAGGAGUUCUGAGUGUCUUAUCCGCUGCUCUUACCUCAUUUUACUGUCCUCUAAGGGCUCCGAGUCCAGAGUGGGGCAGAUUCUGCUUGGUUCUGUCUCAAACUACAUGCACUUGCUCCCGGCUUGAAUGAUUCCCUGAUGUCCUGCUGCAGCCUUAGUCCCCUCAGCUGGUCCUACCCCUACCCCGUUUAGACCUGCUCCUGAGGUUCAGACACACCUUUUGACCUGGAAAUACAAUCAGUGUAAUAAAAGAGCAGAUUUCUGUGUUGGAAAACAAAAGAUUAAACAUCAAAAUUUGUGAUUGGACAAUCAUCGGACAUACAUGAAAGUGAGAAACAUGAGGCAGUGAGCAGGGUGGAUGUUCUCUGUCUGCGCCUCAUCAGCUGAAAUUAGCUGUAGCUUCAUUCUGGACAUCAAGUUCCCUGUAGAGGAGACUCCUAAACCAGGGGUAGGACAAAGUGGGAUGGGGUCCCUGUUGGCUCUGAGGAGGAUUAUGUAGAUCUAAAAUAGAUUUAACUUUGAUUAAGGCUCCAAGUCUCCGCAGAGCUGUUGAUUUAGAAGAAAUUGAUUUAUUAUCUUUCUGUUUAAGGGACGUUCUGGCAUAAAACCGAGUUCGACACCCCCUCCAGAGAUGAAUGAUGCCGACCGCUUGAUUCUCUAGUUAUACCAACUUAAGCAUUAUUCUGUUCUGAGCAUUAUUUGUGGUUAUAGAGUGGCAUUUUGGUGGCUCUCUGUAUUGCUAUCUGCUGUCGUUACUAAAGUUGGUAUAACUAGAGGAGCAAGCGGUCGGCAACAUUCAUCUCUGGAGGGGGUGUCUAACUUUGUGUUUGACCCUAAAUUAACUUUACGCCAGAAUAUCCCUUUUAAUUAUGUGAACAAGUCUAGAAUAUAAUUCUACCGUCUGUGAUUUUAAUUUAACUUUGUUUAUUUGUUCGUUUGUUUGGCUAAAGCUUUUACAUUCUCCUUAAACCUGCACUCGCGCUGAGCUACUUUUAGACGGGUGAAUGUCUGAACUUCCUCAUCAGAGAUUCUUGAUUGUAUUUAACGUCGUGUGGUUCAUGAAUCUAAACUCAUAAACCAGGAGGAGAAAAAUCUUAUUCCUUGAUUUUGUAGCAGAUUGUUCCUCAAUCUUUUCUUUUUAUCCAGAUGUUGCACUUUGGAUACAAAUCAGCUGACUCGUCUUAGCACUUAUUUCUCUUUGAGUUAAAAAAUAGUAAAAUUGAGUUUGUUUAAUCCACUAAACAAUUAUUUAACUUUCCAAAACAAAGGAAUAAAACUAAAUAUUGAUUAUGUUAGUGCUUUAAAACUUCAGAGAAGUUUACUCCAAGCGAUUAUUGUUGAUCCAAAUAGUUGGAGAAUAUUUUAUGUUCCGAUCAUGACUGCAUGAUAAUAACAAACUUUUUUCCUUUUUUUUUGGUUUGUUUCACAUUUCUGAAGAAUACCUGAGCUUAGUAAACGAUAUUUUGUCACGACACCAAAUAUCCCAGGAAAAUUGUAACAUUACAUGAAGAAAGUCGUGUUUGAAUGAACGGAUUUCUCUGAUAGUAUUGUAAAGGAUGGAUCUGUUUUCAUCGACUGUAGACUUUGCAUACUGCAGUAUAUUCAAAUAUGCAUACUCGCUGUUUUUGUGGCGGUGUGGCAGCAUGUGUAUGUCGUGCUACUCAGUGUGUGAUCAAAAUGUAAGCUUACGAAGAAGCUCCCUUGCACUAUGCUGAUGAUGACGGCUGUAACUCGUUCUGCUGAAUGUAACUUCAGAUCAUUCCAUUGUGUUUACGACCCGCUGAUUAAAACCUGAGAGUCUGAGAGGGCAGAUGAGAUGAAGGUUUAAAAAGUGUUGUCUGCUUUAUGUUGUCGUUGUGCUUUUUUCCUCUGCUGUAAAUGUUCGAAAUGAGGCAGUGAAAACUCAAGGAGGAACUCUGGAAUUUUAGAAAAAGGUCCAGACUCAGCUGGAACUCAGUUGAUACUAAAUGUACUAGACUUCAGCUGAGAUUAUGAAAAGUAGACCCUUAUUUUAAAACAAGAAAUAGUAACUGUAUGACUCUGUUUGAUGCUACCAAAUCCCAUUGACAAAACAAGCGAUUCUUACCUUGUGAAACACAGAAACUGCUGGUGUUUUGCCGUCUAAAUAAGCAAGUUUUGGUUUGAAUUAUGGAUUCUUGGAUGGUUAUUUAAGAGCCGAAAUAAUGUCAGUUUCAUACUUUGACAAAAAUUGACUAAGCCAUUGAAGCAGCGCAACAGUAGAUCAUCCUGUGGGCUGUUUAUGUAAAAUUGCUAGUUUUGUCAAUGGGAUUUGGUGGCUUGGAAGAGGGCAAUUUUUUAAGGUAAAUUGAACCUGAAAAAUAUUAAGAUGUGGCAGAAGUCUAAAUGUAAAAGAACCGACCUUUGGGUGUUUUACAUGUCUUGAUACAGCAGGUGGCAGCAGUGAGGAGAAAGUAACCAAGGACAUCAAACACUCCAUGAGAUAUUUCUAAAACCUUUAAUGAGCUUUUUCAGUUUGCUUUGUGAUGCUUAUAUAUUAGCCUGCAGUUGAUCAGAAUACAUUAAGUCUUUUUUAGUCAUUUCAGAUGCAAUCAGAAUGCUCAUACAUUAAAAAAAUAUAAAAUGCAAAAUAAACAAACAUCUCAUGAACAUUUA